AUGGUACGCGAAAUCAUAUUUUUACAUGUUGGACAAUGUGGCAAUCAAUUAGGUCAUGAGUUUUGGUCUGUAGCAAUUAAGGAACAUUUGAAUAAAAAAAUUAACGAGAAAAGAGAAUUGGUAGGAAAGCACAGUUUUAUGAACGAUUCUGCAUCCUCCUUUUUUGAAAAUGUGUAUAAAAAUUUUAAUUUAAAUCAAAAAGAAAGUUUAAAAGCCCGAGCCAUAUUAAUAGAUACAGAAACUGGAGUAGCAAAUGAAAUUAUGAAAAGUUCCAUUUCUCCAUAUUUUGAUGAAAAUAACAUUUUUACGCAACAUUCAGGGGCAGGAAAUAAUUGGUCACAAGGAUACAUGUACUAUGGAAAGAUGUACGAAACAUUAAUAGAUAACAUAAUUAGAAAAAAUGUAGAAAAAUGUGAUUCUUUACAAUCUUUUUAUAUUACAUCAUCAUUAGGAGGUGGAACUGGAUCCGGCUUAGGUUCCUAUAUUUUAGAAAUGUUAUCUGAUAAUUAUAAACAAAUAAAAUUUAGUAACUGUGUAUUUCCAUCAGCUUGUGACGAUGUAAUUACAUCUCCGUAUAACAGUUUUUUUGCCUUAACAAAAAUUCAUGAAUUUUCAAAUUGCGUUUUACCUGUUUCAAAUGAUGCAUUACUAGACAUUUUAAAUAGUAAAAAAUUGAAAGAAAAAAAAAAUGAUAAAAAUGAUUAUUCAAAGAUGAAUAAUAUAGUAGCUAAUGUAAUUUUAAACUUAACUAGUUCUAUGAGAUUUGAGGGUUCAUUAAAUGUGGAUAUAAAUGAAAUAUGUACGAAUUUAAUUCCAUACCCCUUUUUUAACUUUAUGUUGUCCUCUCUAAGCCCUUGCGUAGAAACGGAAAAUAUUAGAACUUUUGAUCACUUGUUCAAAAAUGUUUUAAAUCGUAAUAAUCAAAUGCUCAUAGCCAACCCAAAGGAUGGUCUUAGUUUAUCCAUGGCAUUUUUAGUUCGGGGUAAUAUCAAUAUUUCAGAUGUUACUAAGAAUGUAUUGUUAAUAAAAAAUAAUUUGAAUAUCCUCCGUUACAACAAGGAUGCUACAAAAAUAGGGUUAUGUAAUGUAUCCCCAUUAAAUCAGCCGUAUAGUUUAUUAUGUUUGAUUAACUCGUGUGAAAUAAGAAACAGUUUUCUGCAAAUAUUAGAAAGAUUUAAUAAAUUGUUCAAAAGAAAGGCACACUUGCAUCAUUACUUGGAAUAUUUAACUAUGGAUGAUAUUUUAGAAUUUAAAGAAAAAAUACAAAAUUUAAUUUUUGAGUAUAGUUAUAUUCAAAAAAAUUCAUUCUGCUCACCAAAGUUUUUAAAUAGAAAUACUAUAAAUAUAUUAGGAUACGAUAUAUGCGAAGAAAAUGAUACACAUGAUAAUAAUUAUAUCAACUUAGAGAGUAGUAAUCCGUAUUAUUUGAAGUCCAAAAUAAAAAAGUGCGAUAAAAGUAUUAGCUGGUUUGAUUUUAAAACAAAACCAAUUAUUUAA